ACAAAAAACCGAAGAACAAUCGCAGAACAGGCCAUGUCCUCCUACUAACACCGACGCUCCGUUGUACCAACACUGUAGUUGGAAAGAGAUCUCAUCAGAAAAUGGGAGCCCUGAGCCCAAACAGCUGGGGAACAGUUGUCCGGCUUGCGUUACUCGCACACUCAAAACUCCAAAUAAACACCUCAGUUCUCCGUUUUCCGUUCCUGGAAUGCUCAUCCCUUUGAGAUAGCUGGAGAUUAAGCCGCACUAAAACUUGAGUGUCAGUCUCCGCAUGGUAAAACGCCAGUCAUAUCUCCAUCGUUACGCACGCUCUUCUGCCACGCUUCUUUGGAGCCGGGUUAUCAUCGUUGGCCUCGGCGGCUGCGGCCUUGGCACGGCCGCGCUUUGCCUUGGGAGCCGGCUUCUCAGGCUCCGAUUCCUCGGCAGGCGAAUCCUCUUUGGCAAUGGCUGCAGCAGCCUUCUUAGCAGCUCCGCGCUUGGCCGGUGCCUUUUUGUCGGCAAGUGGUGCAUCCACGGCCUCGGCCUUGGGCUCAUCCUUAGAAGCAGCCGCGUUCUUAGCCGCACCCCGCUUCACGGACGUCUUUUUCUGCGGAGCCGGCGGUGCCUCAUCCUCGGGUUCCUCUUUGGCAGUAAUGGCCUUUUUGGCAGCGCCACGUUUGGCCGGCGCCUUUUUCUUCGGGGCCUCUUGAUCGAGCUCAUCCUCAGACUCGUCCUUGGGAGCAGCGGCCUUUUUGGCGGCACCACGCUUGGCCGGUGCUUUCUUUUUGGGCUGCUCUGGCGAGGCCUCGGCCUCAGCCUCGGAUUCGUCCUUGGCAGCGGCAGGUGCCUUCUUAUUACCCUUUGUCGGUUUCUUAGCCAGGGGCUCAUCGUCCUCCUCAUCAUCAGCUGCCGCCUUUUUGUGGCCUCGCUUAGCGGCGGGCUUUUUAGUUUCAGUAGGGCUGUCCUCCCCAUCCUAUGGACAUUGUCAACACCUCUGGUACACAUUCGAAAGAAGAAAAAUUGUGUACCUCGUCGUCUUGAUCGGCAUUCUUGGCCUUUCUGGGAGCGCGGGCAUGAAUGCCCUUCUGGCUAAGCUUGUUCAACUCGGGGUCCUGGGUUUGGUCAGCUUCUAGAGUCCGAAAGUAUGCUCGCACAGCUUCCAGGCCACUUACGCCAUUGAAAUCCUCGGGAUCGAUGAAUCCCUGAGUGAAGACUCGGCGGAUCUUCUCCUGGAUCUCCGAGUGGUCUCUUUUUGUUGUGAGAACCUUGAUUAGUUGUUCUAACUCACACAGAAGUAUCAGGAUAGGCAAUUAGCAACAUACUCGAGCUCGUCGUAGCCAUCAAUGGCGUCCCAGUCAUAAUCUCCAUCACCCUUGUCGAUGGCGAUACGGACGUUCUCGAUCUGACUGCCAGAAACGCAGCCCCUAGACAGCUUAGCACAACUUUCAGGUUACA